AUGGGCGAGAAUAAUGGCACCGACAGUAAUGGUACGCCGCCACAAUCCAACGGGAAUAGUGAGUGAUUUUCAGCUUAAUUGUACUAUGAGACGAAAGUUGAAUUUUGUUUUUUAGUGAUCUUUUUUCCGAGUUCUGUUCAGUUUUAAGAAAAUAAAAACUUGGUUGAUGUGUUUUGAAAACAUGUACUUCGUGAGUCUUUUAGUUAUUUCCUUUCAAAAGAUUUUUCACAGUUCCUGUCUACCGAUUCGCAAUUCAGAUCUAAUGGCGUUGAGCGGUGGCGCAGUGGUCACAAUGCCUUUGUUGCCGCAAGCUGGAGAGGUUUACUCUAGAAAAAUGAAAAAUUUUCGCAACAAAUGGCAGGUGUUUGUUGGACCAGGCGCAAAGAAGGAAGCUGAAUUGUUGGGACUUGGGCUGACCAAGUUGAGUUCGCGAAGAAAGGACGAAAUUGCGAUGGCCAAGCGCUUCGCCAUGGACUUGUCUAUAAAGCAGAUUAUGCUGCGUCAGCAAAAAGCGCAGCAAGAAAAUGUCCGUUUGUCAGCUUAUUCAGCCAUCAGUUUGAUUAUAGGACUUCUUAUCUUGAAAAGAUUUCAGCAACAAAAGCAGCAGAUGUAUGCCCAAGCUUUAUCCUUGAUGUCGCGCGUCUACAUUGGUUCUAUAUCCUUUGAAGUGCGCGAAGAUAUGCUGAAAAAAGCGUUCGAAGUGUUCGGCCCGAUAAAAAGCAUCAACAUGAGCUGGGACGCCGUCACCGGGGUGGGUUUUCACUUCCCUUUUUGGUUUUUGUUCAUUCAUUAGUGUUAUUUUCAGCACCACAAGGGUUUCGCCUUCCUGGAGUAUGACGUGCCUGAAGCGGCUCUUUUGGCUCAGGAAUCUAUGAAUGGCCAGUUGAUGGGAGGCCGCAAUCUGAAAGUCAACAGCAUGGUCUGCUUUACAUUUUUCUACUUUGAAGGCGUUUGACCACUUGCUGUGACGCUUCCAGGGGAACCGAAAGCAGAAGCUUUCGUAUUUUCACCUGAGAAUGUUGUACCGUUGCUAACAAUUCUUCCUAGGGAUUUCUUCCGAAAUCUCUGGAAGCUUCAAUUUUGUUUCUAUCCUUCUCAUGACUUUUUUUUUCUCCAGGUCGGACGACCCACUAACAUGCCACAGGCGCAGCCAAUCAUCGAAAUGGUCCAACAGGAUGCUCGCAAAUACUUUCGGUAACUCGUGAAAACUUGCAUUCUUUUCACCACUUUCAAGGGUUUACGUGGCGUCGGUGCAUCCUGAUUUGUCGGAAAGCGAUUUGAAGAGUGUUUUUGAAGCGUUUGGCGAAGUUGUGCGGUGUCAAUUGGCUCGUCAGAUUUCCGGCCGUGGGAUGCACAGGUAAACUGGUACACGAGAUUCUCUUCUUCAUUCACUUUUUUUUCCAGAGGUUUUGGGUACAUUGAGUUCAAUAACCUCAACUCUAUGACGGAAGCUAUAGCUGGAAUGAACAUGUUCGACUUGGGUGGCCAAUUUUUGCGGGUACUUUUUUUAAAAGUUAAUUCGGUAGUUUAGUGCGAAUAAAAGGUCUUUUAACAUGAAACUAAAGGCGUCCGGCCGUCAUAAGGUAUUUUAUCUGAAGGAACUCUAUUGAUAAGAGAAGCUCCAGUUGAAAAAUUGGGAAAGCCUGUGGGAUUUUUCUGAAUUUUUAAUUUUGGAUUAGUUUCAAGAGCAUAAACACAAGUACGUUGAACAAAAAGAAAAGAAAAAUUAAAUUUUUCCUGUCUCUAGAAGAGACGGCGCAGUGUUAAUCGGACAGUAGCCUCGCGCCGAACAGCUUUCAAAAAAAAAAAUGUAAGCUGGAAAGUAAGAUUUUGUUUUUUUUUUAGGUUGGACGAUGCAUCACGCCGCCCGAGGCUUUGACGUAUCUCACCCCGGCUUCGGCAGCGACAAUUCCCGCAGCGGCGGCGGUGGCUGCUGCCGCCGUCACAGCCAAAGUGAUGGCCGCCGAGGCUUCCGCGCCGGUGGGUGGUCUUCCUAUAUCGCGUCCUUUCGCUAAAUGACCAUCCAAAAACGUUUCAUAAUGACCCUUCCACCCCUUCAUAAUCAAACAUAUUCUUUAUAUACAUUUGUAUGUGUGUGUUUGCGAAAACAAGCGCAAUAAAACGAUUUUUAUGAGGAUUUCUUCUCAAGACAUACAUCCGCUAUUCAGAGAACGUGACGUUAUAUAAAGAAUCGUUUGAAAAGGGUAGCUGUAAAACGCGACCACUUUUUGCGCGCUUUAUUGCAAAGUGAUAAAACACGGACGUUUUUUUGAAUUUUCCUUAUUCUUUUAUAAUAAAAUUAAGCUUUUUUUAUCGAUGUUUUUCUAAUCAGUAUAGUAGUGCCUCUUUCGUAUUUUUGACAGUAUCGUUUUUCAAACCAUUUUUUAAGAUUUUUUCUGUUCCAUGGUUAAUUUUUUUUUUCACCUUAUAGCCGUUUUAAUGCAGGUUAGUGAAAUUUAGAAAUUCGUUUUCAAAAACUGUCAAUGAGAAGCCUAAGUUGUUCAAGUAAUUAAAACAAAUUCAUAGUAAUGAUUUCACCGUAGGGCUUUUUUUGAAUCCUUUUUUUCAAAAGGAAAGAUAGGGAAAAAAACCUUUUUUUAAAAAAAUUUAAUUUUCAAUGGAGCACAAAAAAAUUUUUCAUUUUUUUAAACGCCCGCACUUUUAUAGAAUGCCUUUGAAAAGGCAUUUUGAUCAGUUAAUAUUGAACCAAACCGAAAUCAGACGUGUAAGCGAGAUGAAAGCUUUAUAACGGGGAUAUUUGGAAGGAAAAAAGAGGAUAAAGAAAAAAAAAAGGAUUCAUUUCACAAAACAAAGCUGUAAAUUUCUAAUUUUCCAAUUGAAAGGAGAGGGCAGGAAAAUGAAACAGAUGGUUUUUCAAAACUGUCGUCGUUUUUCAUCCUCUCUUAGUAUUUAAGAAAAAAUAUGUAUAAUUCAUAAAAAAAAAUGACGUGCCAGAGAUUUUUAAAGGUCGUUAAUUGCUAUCUUACCUGUCUUGAGGUGACAUAAUGACAAAAGACAUUUUAAAAAGUUUUUUGAUAGUUUCACAAGUUUUGGUAACUCUUAUCGAUUUAAUUCAACAAAGUUUUUUCCUUCAGAAAAGACAAUCUUCUGGCUCCUCUUCUCGGAAUCAAAGUCCAGCGCCGGCAGCGAUUUUACCCCCAAAAACGGAAGUGGAAAUCAAAAAGGAGGAAAUCGAAACACCUCCGCCAGAACCAAUGGAAGUCGACGAGCCCAUUGAAGAUCAGGUUGGCUUCGGUUUUGGCCAUUUAAAAGCGACGUAG